AUGAUGGACACAAAGGGAGAGUCCGAUUAUGGGACAAAAUCGCUUGAACAAACACACCAUGUGCAGGACACAGAAUCAAAUUACUUGGCAGACAACAAUGCAACCAACUCACCCAAGAAAAUGCAAUUAAACGCAUUUACUCUCUUAUGCAUGGGGUUCGUCAUCUGCAAUAGCUGGGCUGGUAUCUCGGCAAGUCUCCAACUCGCCCUCCUGCAGGGAGGGCCGGUCACCUUGGUAUACUCCAUCAUUAUCAGCACAACAGCAUAUUUUGCGAUAGCAGCAUCUUUGGGUGAGCUGGCAUCUGUUUACCCGACAGCUGGUGGGCAAUACCACUUCGCUUCGAUUCUUGCCCCUCCCAGCAUCAGACGAGGCAUCUCUUAUGCAUGCGGUAUCCUGGGAAUAUUCUCAUGGGUCGCUAUCAGUGUUUCGGUGACUAUACUCAUUGCGGAGACUUUGAUGGCUGUGGUCGCUGCUACUCAUGAAGGGUUUGUCGUCGAAGCUUGGCAUAUCUUCUUGGUCUACGAAGCGUUGGCAUUCCUCGCUUUCAUAUAUAACGUUCUCGCUUUGAAACGUGCUCCUUGGACGCACAUUAUUGGAUUCUUCCUUACUAUUUCCAUUUUCUUGAUCUCUUUUGUCUCGAUCCUUGCUCGGUCGCACGAAAAGCAACCGAGUUCAUUUGUAUGGGUCACGUUUAUCAACGAGACCGGCUGGUCCGACGGUGUUUGCUUCUUGAGUGGUCUUUCCACCUCAUGUUAUAUGUACAUUGGCCUGGAUGCCGCGAUGCACAUGGCCGAGGAAUGUACAGAGCCAGAAAAAACGGUUCCUCGAACUAUGCUAGCUGCUAUCGGAAUUGGCUUUGUCACUGGAUUUGCCUACGCCGUUGCAGUAUUGUAUGGGAUCACUGAUAUUGAGGAAAUAAUGACGACGACCGGGUGGAUCCCGUAUCUUGUUAAUGUUCAAACCCUCCGAUCGACAACAAUGGCAAAUGCCUUUGCAACCCUUGCCAUCAUCAUGGCAAUUUUUAUAAUCAUCGCAUCCCAGGAGGCCUCUUCUCGACUCGCAUGGUCUUUUGCGCGUGACGACGGCCUUUUACUGUCAAAGUUCAUGCAGCGAGUGCAUCCCAAACUUGAUGUCCCUAUCUAUUCUCUGAUCCUUAGUUGGUCUUUGGUCUUUAUCUGCGGUCUAAUCUAUCUUGGAUCCUCAACUGCGAUCACCGCGCUCAUUGGAUCUGCUGUGAUUCUUCAGCAGUUGUCAUUCGUGAUCCCAAUCAUUCUGCUUUUAUAUCAGAAACGAUCAAAAAAGUUCUUACGACCCAAACGAGCCUUCAAACUACCUGAUAUUGUUGGGUGGAUUGCCAAUAUCUACGUGGUUGUGUUUUGCACAGUGACGUUGAUUUUCUUCAAUUUCCCGAUUUUCAUUCCAACAACGUCUUCUUCAAUGAAUUACACGUGUGUCAUCCUUGGGAUUGCUCUUGUGCUUGGCUUCUUGAACUGGCUCCUGCAUGCUCGAAGAUACUACCAUGGACCUGUGAUCGAUGAGCAUGCAAUAAGCCACUAA